AUGGAUAAACCACACGCCAUCGAACUUCAAAUUGCCCAUGGGGCUACCCCCAUCCCAUUCAUGGUUCCUAUGAAAAAGGCAAUAGUCCGUCAAGCUCUCGAAGAGGUCAUUCGACGUCGUACAAACUGCGGCAGUGCUCCCGUAAUCACCAUGUACACGCGUACCAUGGUCAUCAUCCAUUGGGAAGAUUGGGAAGAGCUUGUCGAACCUGGAAAGCGAUACCUUGCUGAUCUCGAUGGUUCAUGGAUCUUGCAUUCGCGUGCCCGUGGGCAUGGAACCUCUAUUGAAUCCAUUAACAUGUUUCUUGGAGCCAUCGAGAGGGGUAAGUCUCCUGCUUCUCUACCUAUGCUUGUUUCUCAGAUCAAAGCUGCGGAUGCAAAGCCUGCUACUCCUGCCAGUACUCUUCAAAAAGCAGUUACUGCGACAGAGAAAGAGGCAUCUAUUGCUCCCCUCCGUCCAUCUGAACAGCAGAGGGGUAUUCCCAGGCCUGCGAACCCCAGACCUUCAAAUAUAAGGUUGGGCUACCAGGCACACAUACCCCGCCAACCUAGCAACUUGAAUCCCAACCCGUCGACCUUCCCAGUUCCCAUUGGACCAGCCGGCAUGGGACACGGUUUCGUUAAUCCCGCCGUAGAAAGGGAGGUCUUGGAGGAGUUACAACAACAGAUCGGUACGCUCGCUGUUGAGAAACCAGCCACCGCCCGCCAGUCUACUGCGGUACAACCAACUAAGGAUGAAGACAAGCUCUCUAUCGAUUCUGAAUCCGAUGAUUCUGAAGAUGAGCCAAGCGGAGGCGUUAGGCUUAAUGUUCUCUCCGCCCCCCCUUCUGCUGAAAAGGCUGCCCAGGAUGUUCAAGAACUAUCGGAUGUUUCUCCGGAGACCGCCAAAACGGGACUUUCAGGCGCAUCGAAGUCACAUUCUGUUUCUCCUGUCGAGGAAGUAAAGAAGACACAUACUAUCCAAACUGAAGCCAAAAAAGCGGCUAGAAAAGUAACUUCACCUCAAGCUCUCAGUACUGCCUCCAGCGCAGCUUCUCACACUACACGUGCUCCGAAGAAGCCUGUUUCCAAAGAGCCAACUCCUAUUAAAGCCUCACCUACCGGAACUGCCUCUACUUCAAAGGCUUUUCCCAAACCGGCUCCCUUUCAGUCGGCCCCCGCUAAGUCAGCUAAAUCAGUUGAUUCGGCUGCUACCAAACGUGUCAGAUAUCAAAAUCUCAAAUCUGACAAUGACGAGGAGUACUCUCAUCUUGAGGAUAGCGCUCCAGGUAGUGGCGUCGGAAGCCCACCCGAAAUUGUCCAAAAAGUUGUCCCCCGUUACGGGAAUGCGAUUGGGUCGUCAGGAGACGACGAAGAUGAAGAUGAGGCGUAUGAGACCAUUGAAGUCCCUGGUCCUUCUAGCCCUGUUUCUUCCAGUAUCGGUGCUAUUAAGCCAGCAAAGCCAAAUCAGCAGAAGUCGAAUCAGCAGAAGUCAAAUCAGCAAAAGUCGAAUCAACAAAAAUCAAACCAACAAAAGCAGCAAAAUCAACAUGUCCAGCGAGAUGACAAGAGACAGAAGCUCUUGAAAGACGAGAAUAGGGUUACCUUCUACCUCAUUAAGCCACAAAACAAAGACAAACCAAUCGUCCAGGAUGGUAAAGGCCGUAUCUUCAUCAGUACUUCCAAAGAAUGCUGUGCACUACGUCUCAUCCAGCUGCUGAGGAAGAAUACAUCCUAUACUAGGCUUCUAAUCCUCACCCCAGCUCCAGACAUGUCCCGCUACAUCACCACUGAUGUCAUCAAUCCAGGCUCACGAUUCGCUCAAACUCCUUUCAGUGUUGUUGGUUUCGAGGAUGAUGUUACCAUGACUUGGGAGCAUAUCGAAAAUGCUUUUGAGGAUGAGAUUAUCAAUAAGGAAUGUCCCUGGGACCAGCCGGACGUUGUUAACGAUGAGGAGUUGGAGACAUAUGACUACGAGGAUGAUGAAGAAGAGGACGUUGACAACGCAAAGAAGCGUUGA